CACUAAUGACAGUGGCCAAUCUACGUGAUAGAAGGGCACGCGACCGGCACGUUUUUAAUCAAUUUUCCACAAAAAAACCAAGAAAAUGAACACGAUUUUAAAGACCGCGGUCCGCAUGAACGGCCUCAGGGCUCUGCUGAACCCCGUGAAGAACAUGGUGUCCCUCACUAGCGCCCAAAACCCCACCCUGGUCGCGAGAAACCUCUGGCACCUCAGCUCCCAAAAGUCGAAGCUGCACAGUAAUUUGUGUAGUUGCGGCUGCGGGGGCUCCCGGGGGGCCCACACCAAAGGUAAGACUCAACCUGGGCCCCCACCGGUUACUAACCAAAGUUUCUUUUUAGCCGAAAAAGAGCUGGUGGAGUUUCUGACCGAGGAGAUCCUUGCCGAGAGGAAGGCACAGAAGGUUAAGGCCAUUCCCACCGAACUGGACGGGUUUAAGGCCAGUUUAAAUGGGGCCGAGGUGUCCCUCACCAAGAAGACUGACGCUGAAACCAUAACGAUAAGCUUCAAUGUGAACCACUCGGUGGACACUGAAGCUGAACCGGAAAUUCACCCGGACCAAGACAAGCCGGAAAUCGGGGAAUUAAAGUCAAAGCCCGCUUUUAAAAUUGAUUUGGUCAGGGGUGAGACUACUGUGAGUGUCUUAUGCUCGUUUGUGACCCCUAGUGACCAAGACGAUGGCUACAAUGAUGGUUUCGGCAUUGACGAGCUAAGCAUUUAUAACGGAGAAUGGAAUGAGAACAUUUACUCAGUUUCCGGGGAGGUUUUGGACUCAUAUUUAUACGACUUGAUCCUGAAUUAUCUGGAGGAAAAAGGCAUAAGCAAUGAAUUUGUGGAGAAAUUGUCCGAUUACAGUACCGCAUAUGAGCACUCUGCCUACAUAGGGCUCCUGGAGGGCCUCUCCAAGUUUGUUUCCAAUAAAUAGUAAAGUUGAGUGUGUUAUGUUUAAUUAGGUUUAAGGUCCAGUGUAAUUAUUUAGAUCUUAAGGUGUUUUUUUUAUGUAUAAAAAUUGGAAAAAUAAAUAAUUAUUUCAGUUAAAAA